AAGCAUCUUCAUUACUUGAUUUUCAAUCCAGCAAUGUCUCUCAACCUCUCUCUCUUUCUCAUCCUCUCUCUAUUCUUUAUCUCCGCUAUUUCUGCGGAGACAUUCAACGGUGAUGAUUCCCUGAUCAGACAAGUAGUGGAAGGUCAGGAUGAAUCAUCAUCAAACCUGUUGACCGGAGAGCAGCAUCACUUCUCGCUAUUCAAGAGAAAAUUCAAGAAAUCAUACCUUUCACAACAAGAGCAUGAUUACCGGUUUUCGGUAUUCAAGUCUAAUCUGAGACGCGCGGCGCGUCAUCAGAAAUUGGACCCAACAGCGAGUCAUGGUGUGACUCAGUUCUCCGAUUUGACUGCGGCUGAGUUUAGAAAGCAGGUUUUAGGCUUAAGGAAGUUAAGGUUGCCUAAGGAUGCGAAUAAAGCUCCGAUUUUGCCUACUAAUGAUUUGCCUGAGGAUUUUGAUUGGAGAGAGAAAGGAGCUGUUGGCCCUGUUAAAAAUCAGGGUUCAUGUGGGUCAUGCUGGAGUUUUAGCACUACAGGAGCUUUGGAAGGUGCACAUUUCCUUGCUACUGGAGAGCUUGUUAGCCUUAGCGAGCAGCAGCUUGUGGAUUGCGAUCAUGAGUGCGAUCCAGAGGAACCAGGUUCAUGUGACUCUGGGUGCAAUGGUGGGCUGAUGAAUAGUGCCUUUGAGUAUACUCUCAAAGCUGGUGGUCUUAUGCGUGAGGAAGACUAUCCUUACACUGGUAUGGAUCGCGGUGCUUGCAAAUUUGACAAGAACAAGGUUGCUGCUGGAGUGGCCAACUUUAGCGUGGUGUCCCUAGAUGAAGAUCAAAUUGCUGCAAAUCUUGUGAAAAACGGUCCCCUUGCAGUGGCCAUCAAUGCUGUGUUCAUGCAAACAUACAUUGGAGGAGUUUCAUGCCCUUAUAUUUGCUCUAGGAGGUUGGAUCAUGGAGUGUUGCUGGUGGGAUAUGGCUCAGCUGGCUAUGCUCCCGUCAGGAUGAAGGAGAAGCCAUACUGGAUUAUCAAGAACUCGUGGGGAGAAAGCUGGGGCGAGAAUGGAUUCUACAAAAUCUGCAGGGGUCGCAAUAUUUGCGGAGUCGACUCCAUGGUCUCAACUGUUGCUGCCGUGCAGACCAACUCCCUCUAGGGAUAUCCUAACCAUGCUCUGCUAAAUUGUUGCUUUGUAAAUAAGGAUUUAACACUACAAGUUAUAUAUGCCCCACUUGAACUAUCUGGUUGUCAUAUUCAACAUCCAAAGCAUGGGAAUGGAGUUUCUUUGGAAUUUCCCAUGUCUUCGGUUUGCAAGAACAGCUGCCCUAUAUUAUUUAUGUCUUCUGGUGCAACCCCACCUUUUUAAGACUUG